GCCGCGUGGAGACGGAGCAGUCACCGCGAGCCCUGCGAGCGAGCACGACGCGCCAGCAUGGCGGCCCAACGGGACCUCGACCGAGGCGGCCACUGCCACAGGAAAACGUGGAUUAAUGUCCUGCUAGGAAUUCUACAACUACUGCUGCCCUUCCUCCAGCGCGGAGGAGCCCAGUUUCAAGCUCUCGCCGAAAUGUCCAGCGUGGUGGAAGUGUGGCAGGCAGAGGACACGGACUUCCUAGUGCCGUCGCAGGCAGCGGAAGAGCGGAGCGCUGAAAGUCUCCCUCAGGAGGACAGCUCCUCGUUUUAUGUGAGGGACCUCGGGAGACCACUCCGCCUCCAACCCUCUGUGCUGGACUUCGGGACACAGCCAGUGGGGCUCCCACGAGCUGAAACCAUCUACAUCCACAACCCCAGUGCGGACCUGCCGGUCACGCUGCAGUCGGUCUUCUCAUCCAGCACACACUUUCACAUGCCUUCCUUCCACAGACGGGUGAUCCCACCCAGAGGGAAGACAUCUUUUAAACUUGUUUUCCUCCCUACAGAGGAGGGCAAUGUAGAAAAUUCUUUAUUUAUUAACACUUCGACCCACGGGGUGAUUACAUACCAGGUUUUUGGUGUUGGCAUCUCUGCUGCUGACUCUAUUAAGGAUAUACAGAAGAGAGGCAGUGUUCUGAUAUUCCCCCACAUGCAGAGUAUUAAACUCACACAAACUCAGGAAGAAGCUUUAAAUAUUACCAUCCUGGGACUGUUGUUGGAAUGUACACUCCCUGCUUCCCUCUACAGAAACCCUCAGGGCAUCUGUUUUCAGACGGAGAAAGAAGGACGUCUGUCUCUUCAGAUCAGUCUGUCUGAGAGAGGAGAAAGGCCAGCCCACCUCGACAAACUGAAGCCGUAUGUCCUGGAGAGCAUCAUGGUACUGCUAGUCCUCCUUCCACAAGGCGGCACUGCAACAGAUCCUAGAAUAGGAGUGUACAUGGUGAACUCUGGGAGCAGACAGCUGUUUGUAAAGGAGAUACAGUUCCUGUCGAGAACAGACAGCUUGGUGGAGAUUAACCAAGUGGCACUGCAAGCUUCAGCCAGUAACCUCACUCGGGUGGCAACGCUGUCCUGCAGAAGGUUGUUGUCAUCUCAACGUAAAAAAUGUUCCAGUCAGGUCAGCUUAGAGAUGCCAGGGAACAGAAGUGUGAACAUGUUUCCGUGGCUGGAUAUUGCAAACAGUGAUUCUGCUGUGUGGAUUCAGUUCAGGCAGAAGCAGAGGGGUGUAGACCACGUAGAGCUGUGGCUGUUCAACUCUCUUCCGUUCACUUUCACCAUCACUAACGUCUCUCUCUCCCAGCCCACCCACCAACUCUUUGAGGUAGUAAAACUCACAAAGACAGUGGGUGUAGCUUUUGGGUGCUGGAAACUGCUUACACUCCAGCUCCUCGACAAGACCCUGCCCAUCAGCGUCAUCACUGUGGUAACCCUGAGCACUAGUCUGGGGUUUUCCUUCGAGCUGCCUGUACACACCUUCUCUACAGGGUCAAAGCGGGGGGAAGUCAUCUUCGAGGCAGGCAGCGAGUGCGAGAAGCCCUGUCCUCUCCAUCUCUCCCGAGCAGGGCGUUUGGAAUGGCAGCGGUCUCUCUUCCCAGAGUCCCCCUCUGAACUGUGGAGAGUAGACAGCAGCCUGAGCGCAACUCUCUGUAGCCACUGGCACUGUAGUGAGAGGCUUUCCUGCAGGUGGCCCAGGCUUCCUGCUGAGUCCUCCGCAUCUCUGGACUUCGGAGCUACACCAGUCAAUGAGAGCAAGGUCAAAAAUUUCACUCUCAAAAACCCAACUGGUUCUGUGGUGUCCGUGGAGAUCAGAACCCUUUCUUCAUAUCCAUCACCUCUUGAAGCAUUAGAUCUACUCACAAAAUGGUUCAAUAUCAGUCCCCUCUCUGUCAACAUCACUACUACUGAGUUCUCACUGUUGGCAGCUGAUUGGAAGGAGAGACAGAGAGGGGGCAACAGAGUGCAGAGAGUCGUGUUGCAGCCAUGGGAGUCAAAAAGUGUGUCCGUGGCGUACACGCCCACCGAACACAAACCUGUUACGUCCCUGCUCCUCAUCAGGAACAACCUAACAGUGUUUGACCUGGUGCUGGUGAAGGGCUUUGGGGCAAGGGAACUCCUGCGUGUGGGAGGCAAACUUCCUGGCCCCGGGGCAUCUCUCCGCUUCAACGUGCCCCAGUCCACGCUAAUGGAGUGUAGAGAUGGUCUACGCAGUCACACCAACAAGCCCCUGUUUGCCAUCCAGAAGAGUUUUAAGGUGGAGAAUGCGGGAGAGUUGCCUCUCACCGUCAUGUCCAUGAACAUCAACGGCUAUAAGUGUCAGGGCUUUGGCUUUGAAGUGCUGCAGUGCAGGUCCUUCAGCGUGGACUACAACUCCUCCUCCGAAAUCACUAUCGCGUUCACUCCUGACUUCACGUCGUCGUGGGUGAUCAGAGACCUGACCUUGGUGACGGCGCGUGGUUCCGCUUUUCCCUUCACCCUGAACGUUACGCUGCCCCACCACAUGCUGCCCCUCUGUGCCCAGGUCGUGCCAGGUCCCAGCUGGGAGGAGUCCUUCUGGGUUAUCACACUCGUCUUUGCCUGCUUCUCUCUGGCUGGAGUGUGUCUGAUGGCCUUCCAUCAGGCCCAGUACAUCCUGCGGGAAUUCUCCACCCCGGUGCCACGCAACAACCACAACCCCGCCCCUCGUGAGAAUGGCUCCGUGAGCCACAAUGCGGCUAACAGUGCCAGCAGGGGAAAGGGUAGCUGCAAGAACUACUCUGACACGUGCCACACGUCUGACAAAGGAAAGGGGCGGGGCUCCACGGCGGUGGCCAAUGGGACGGUCCGUUCACAGACCACCUCCAAAAGGAGUUCCGGAGGCUCCUCCCAGCCUCAGAAGAAACACACACACAAAGUCUCCUUCCUGUACACAAGAUACAAGUACAGCUCUGCGGCUCCGGCGAGCACGGCUGCUAACACUAACCCCCCAAACCCUCCGCAAGACGAGCAGAGAGAGGAACGCACCUUUGAGCAAGACCCUGAUAUUUGUAAUAACAAUAACAACGAUGACGACGACGACGUCAUCACAGGCGAGUCUCCCGUCCACGUGGAGAAGAAAGAGCAGGGCAGAGAGCCCAGCAGGGAGGGCAAGACGUCGUCAGGCGGUAUGUUUCCUAUGGAAACACUUCCUGGAUUCCCUCAAAGCAUUUCGGCCAAUCGUGUGUCUCAGUCAGUGGAUGGAGAGAUGAACUGUUGUAGCAGAAAGAACGUUGAGGAGAAAAGGGAAAUCCCAAACACUGAGAGAGAAAUCAGCGAGAGGAAAAGCACAGGGAAGGACUCCGAGAUGGGAGCGUGCGCGUCCAGGACCAAAGCAAAGAAGAGCUCGGGCAAGAACCGCAGGAGAGCUGUGGAAACUGUGCUUGGGCUUCCUGAGAACAGCACUGUUAUAGUGACGGAGAGCGAGAGAGGACCAGAGUGCAGAGAGCCUCAUAACAUGGCUAGAACCCACAACCACACCAAUACAAUCAAACUGGAGACUCCCAAGAUGGCACCAGUAGUGGAUGGCCCUGCCAAACCAAAUGGCAUGUGUUUGGGCAGACCUCGACGGAAGGUUCCGGAGAGGCGGCCUCAGUGGGAGUCGGGCUCAGACUCGGGCAGCUCGUCGGGCAGUGUGAGGGCCAGCCGCGGGUCCUGGGGCAGCUGGAGCAGUGCCAGCAGCAUGGAGGGGGAGAAGGAGCCCAUCAGAAUCCAUGGCAGCAGCACCACCCGCAAGAGAGAUGCCCCUCAGUACAGCACAUACUCCACUGAGCGUGACUGCUUCCUCCACAGCCGCUGCACCUUCAAAACGCAGAGUCCGAGUGCUGUGUGUGUGACGGACGUGUGCCAAAGCCCUGAGACUCCUGCCCCCUCUGCUGUCUUGGCCAGCUUCACUGAUGUGGCUGCUAGUCUGGACAGAACUUCAGAUGCUGCCACUGCCUAUGUUCCAGACGAGACAUGGUCUGCCCACUCGGUGCCACUGACCAAUGGCUUUAGGUACAGCAUGCCAGAGCCGAUCAAUUUUGUAUCCCAGAGCUCUGCCUCGAGCCCAUUUAGUGGAAAUUUCCCUUGGAACAAUGCAGCCAGCCAAUGCAGCAACGCCUAUUCCUACUGUCAUCAAAAUUACAUGUUGGCUGGCAACGGCAAUUACCAGAACGCCUUCUCGAGCCAAGAAAACCAAACGAUGCCCGCUGGCCAGCAGUCUGUCUGGCGUGAGGAAGCAGUGCAGGAAGUGGCCUCGUCUUGGGGCAUGACCAGCUGUGUGGGCAGCAAGCCAUUUUUCUCAGGCACCAGAAGCCUCUCCCCCAUCUCUUCCAGUCUCUUCGGCUCCAUCUGGACACCUCAGAGUGAACCCUACCGGAGCCACUUUCCCCCUGACCGCUCCGCGCCCACCUCUCCGCCCACCACGCCAGUGUCGCCCUUCAGCCGAGAGCCGGGCGGGGCCUGCCCCGCCAAGCAGUACUCCAGCUUCAACCCGUUCGGCCCACGCAUGAACCUGGACAUCUGGAACUCAUCCUCCAACCGCAGCUCCACAUCACAGCUCUCCAACGAUUCCGGAUAUUGCGGAGACGUGUAAGCGGGAGCCGGAUGGAGGAAUGAGGGCGCUAUCGCUGCAUAAGGAAUAAGGAGGGGUGGGGGGGGAAAGAAUGUGGAUUUUAUUAAUAAAGAAGAAAAAUGAUUUUUUUUUUUUUCUUUUAUGUUCCAUCCCCCCCCCAAAAGAGUUAAUUGUCGUGCAAAAGUUAAGCCUUUUGUUGUAUAUUUUUCUAGAUGUUUUGCAGAUUUGACCAUACAAAAUUAAAAAAAAAAAAAAAAAG